ACCGUGUAAAACGCCGCGUUCGCGGCCCCGGGGCGGCACCGCCUCGGGCCUCGGGGGCGCUCUCCACGGCCCGAGGCCUCGCACACGCGCCCGGCCAGCGCGGCCCUCGAGGUCGGCUGGCCCCUUUCCCGUCACCUCUUUGUCCCCUUCUGGACCCAGCUACUUCCUGUGGCUCCACCGAAAGGCGGGGGAGCCGAGGAGAGGGGUGAGGGCCGGGGUGGGGGGAACCCUCAGUCCGAGUCCUCAGCGGGGACCCACGCCCCCCGGCCCAGGCACCGCCCACACACAGGGUCACCCGGCCAGGGCACUUCUCUCCGGAACGGGGGCCAACGGCUCCUUCCCCGGAGGCAGCAGGAAAAUGGUAUUUUCCGGAAGUGACGUCACGGCCGCCUAGAGCGGCUUCCGAACUUACCGGAAGUGGCGGACGGAGGCCGGUGCAUCCCGCCACUGUGGAGGGCGAGGUGACCCCGGUGCCGCCGCCACCAUGGGCCGUGCGUUUGGGAACCUGACACGGGUACGGCAUGUGAUCACCUACAGCUUGUCGCCCUUCGAGCAGCGCGCCUUCCCGCACUACUUCACCAAGGGCAUCCCCAACGUGCUGCGCCGCAUUCAGGCGUCCAUCCUUCGCUCGGCGCCGCCAUUUGUGGCGUUUUAUCUUCUCUACACAUGGGGGACCCAGGAGUUUGAAAAAUCCAAGAGGAAGGAUCCAGCUAUCUAUGAAAAUGACAGAUGAGCAACUCAUCCAGAGAAUGGUUCCCUGUUUCCGAAAGACCCUUCUCUGGGAGAGGAGUCGACCUUGUAGUGUCUUGAAGACACAAUAAACUUCUUAUGGGCUGCA